AUGGGGUUCAUUGGAGAUUGUAUGAAGAGAUCAAUAGAUCCCAACCAACCAGCUCAAAUUGCAGAAUCUUCGAACGAAAAGCAUAGCAAAGAUGAAAAGCAUGUUUACCCAAUAUUCACGCCAAGAGAUUGGUCUCUUAUGAAAGUGAAUAGGAUGGAUCGAUUGCUUCAUGCUUGCAAGCUCAUUCGCUUUGGCUUUAGUGUCCUGAAAGCUGCCACAAAAAAAUUCAGCAGUAAGAAUUUAAUUGGCCAGGGCGGUUUUGGUGACGUUUACAUAGGAUAUAUCAGUUAUUGCAGCAUGAGUGCUGCAAAACCAGGUGCUGGAAAUGCCGUCGCAGUCAAGAGGUUAAGAAAGACAGGAGCACAAGGCCACAAUGAAUGGCUGAAUGAAUUGAAAUUCUUGAGCAGAUUAGAUCAUCCAAAUAUAGUGAAGCUCAUAGGGUACUGCUUGGAAGGUGAAAAUAGAAUCUUGGUUUACGAGUACGUGACUGGAGGAAGCUUGGAGGCCCGUCUCUUUAAAGAGAAUGAUGCAGAGCUUAAUUGGAGCAGAAGAAUCAAAAUAGCUGUUGGGGCAGCCAGAGGUUUAGCUUAUCUUCACACUCACGGGAGGUCGAUCAUUCAUCGGGACGUCAAAUCCUCCAAUGUCCUGCUGGAAGACGACUUCAAUCCCAAGCUUUCAGACUUUGGACUUGCUAGAUAUGGACCCCAAGAUGACCAGUCCCACAUCUCCUCAAGGGUACUCGGCACCAGAGGCUAUUUUGCUCCUGAAUACUUUGCAAAAGGGCAUUUGACACUAAAAACUGAUAUAUACAGCUUCGGAGUGGUACUCCUAGAAAUAUUUUCUGGAUGCGGUGCAAUCGAGAACCAUUCAGAUGGGAUGGUGGGGGAUCUUGUGGAGUGGGCAAAGCCUUACCUUAGCAACAAGCAGUGUAUUAUUGACAAGAGACUCGGAAAUAACUUCCCGAGAGAAGGAGCUCAAAAAUUUGUCAAGAUCAUCCUACGAUGCCUUAAUUCUGAUCCUAAAGGACGACCAACAAUGAGUGAAGUUGUGGCUGACUUAGAGCGACUGGUGCAAUAUACAGGAAGCUGCAAUCAAAACAAACUCAGAACUUCUAUAUCCCCUGCCAAGAACUUUGGUAAAAGAAAAGGAUGCUUUUUCUCAUAAGCAUGACCCUAGGCGUUAGUUCAAGUGUAAAAGUUGUAGUUUGUGGUUGGACAGGAAAUGACUGGCCACCAGAAGGGGAAAAAGGGUAACCAAAUUGUAUCUAAUCUACCUGUGGUUAAAUAAUUGCAGAUGGAUAUAAACCUUACGUGCUCUGUACAUCCGGUGACCAAUAAGUAGGUGGUUGCCUUAGUAUGAAUUUCACGCAUGCAAGCAAAAAAAUUGUAACCUAAAA